CUAAGUUGGAUUUAUGGGAAAAAUGGCAUUUUACUAGUAAUUUAAAUUUCUAUUCCUUUCUCUGCAACACUUUGCCGUCACCGGUCAGCGGCAUCGGCAGCAAAGAGCAUCUCCUCGAGCGGCGAGCCUGCGAGUAGUGAGCACCGGGACUAGUGAUCUCCUGGACGAUAAAAUCUCAUUCAUAAUCUGAUUUCUCUGAUCUCACGGUAUACCUAUUGAACAUUUGGAUUUGUUGAACAAGAUGGUGGAGGUUGCAACAACUAAACUGGGUCAGUCAUUUGGUGGAACAAAUGAUUCCCAGAAAUCUGUGUUUGAUUUGGUAGACUUUGCAGGGGAUUUAACUGUUGAGGAGGACACAAACAGUGGUGAUAUAUCACUUGAAGGACUAGGGCAAGAGCUAGAAGAAUGUAAAAAUGAUGAUGUUGUUGCAAACAUACUGUCUAAAGGUACGAAAUUGCGGGAAUAUACGAAGGGUGUUGAAAACAAUUUAUGGCAAGUUGAAUUGGAGUCGAUUCAGGAUUAUAUAAAAGAAAGUGAUAAUCUGCUCUCGCUUCAUGAUCAGAUUCAUGAUUGUGACAGCAUCUUGUCACAAAUGGAAACUCUACUAAGUGGAUUUCAGGCUGAGAUUGGCUCUAUAAGUUCAGACAUAAAAGUUCUUCAGGAGAAGUCGAUGGAUAUGGGACUGAAGUUGAAAAAUCGCAAGGUGGCAGAAUCAAAACUGGCAAAAUUUGUUGAAGAUAUUAUUGUCCCACCAAGGAUGAUCGACAUAAUUGUAGAUGGAGAGGUUAAUGAUGAAUAUAUGAGAACUCUUGAGAAUCUGAGUAAGAAGCUGAAGUUUGUUGAAGCGGAUGUCAUGGUUAAAACUUCAAAAGCUCUAAGAGAUGUUCAGCCUGAACUAGAAAGACUUCGGCAGAAAGCAGUCUCAAAGGUGUUUGAGUUCAUCGUUCAGAAGCUUUAUGCAUUGAGAAAACCCAAAACAAAUAUCCAGAUACUUCAACAGAGUGUUCUUCUAAAAUAUAUGUAUGUUAUUUCCUUUCUCAAGGAGCACGGAAAGGAGGUGUAUGUUGAGGUUCGUGCAGCAUAUAUUGACACAAUGAACAAGGUUUUAAGUGCACAUUUACGUGCUUAUAUUCAAGCACUGGAGAAAUUGCAAUUGGAUAUAGUAACAUCUAGUGAUAUGAUAGGUGUUGAAGCCAGAAGUACAGGUUUUUUUUCAAGAGGAAGAGAAUCUCUGAAGAACCGGUCUGCUGUUUUUGCUCUGGGAGAGAGGAUAAACAUCCUAAAGGAAAUUGAUGAACCUGCAUUGAUUCCGCAUAUAGCUGAAGCUAGCUCCCACAAGUAUCCUUAUGAAGUCCUAUUUAGGAGCUUGCACAAGCUGCUUAUGGAUACUGCUAGUUCUGAGUAUCUUUUUUGUGACGAUUUCUUUGGGGAAGAAUCCGUUUUUCAUGAAAUAUUUGCAGGUCCAAUUGCAGUAAUUGAUGAACACUUUAAUUCAAUCCUUCCAAAUUGUUUUGAUGCAAUUGGUCUGAUGCUUAUGAUUCGCAUUAUACACCAUCAUCAGCUCAUUAUGUCGCGAAGGCGGGUUCCAUGCUUGGAUUCAUAUUUAGAUAAGACUUGUAUAUUGGUAUCAACGUUGGCUAGGGCACUGUGUUAUGUACUUAGGUUCAUGGAGGUCAACAUUGCUUUAUGGCCUCGUUUCAAAAUGGUAUUUGACAUGCACCUGAGCAGCUUGCGUAAUGCAAAUGUCAAGACAUUAUGGGAAGAUGAUGUCCAUCCUCACUAUGUGGUGAGGCGCUAUGCUGAGUUUACUGCCUCACUUAUUCAUCUUAAUGUUGAAUAUGGAGAUGGUCAGCUUGAACUGAACUUGGAAAGACUGAGAAUGGCUGCUGAUGACUUGCUUGUCAAGCUUGCGAAAAUGUUUCCAAAGCCAAAGCUACAGACUGUUUUCCUAAUAAACAAUUAUGAUAUGACAAUUACUGUAUUGAAGGAAGCUUGUCCGGAAGGUGGGAAGAUUCAACUGCACUUUGAGGAACUGCUGAAGAACCACACAGCAGUUUUUGUGGAAGAAUUACUGGUGGAGCAUUUCAGCGAUCUAAUCAAGUUUGUGAAGACCAGAGCCUUCGAGGACCCAACCUCUGGCUCGGAGAGGCCAAUAAAUAGUACUGUUUCAGAGGUCGAGCCACUCGUAAAGGACUUUGCGAGUAGAUGGAAAGGUGCUAUAGAGUUGAUGCACAAUGAUGUGAUUACUUCUUUCAGCAACUUCUUGUGUGGUAUGGAGAUAUUAAGAGCUGCGUUGACGCAACUGCUGCUUUAUUACACAAGACUCUCAGAUUGCAUAAAGAGGAUUGUUGGUGGGUCUACGCUAAAUAAAGAUCUCGUUUCCAUAUCUUCAAUAAUGUAUGAAAUUAGGAAAUACUCCAGGACUUUUUAGAUCCUUGAUUUUGUUACUCCUAAUUUGUUUGUAAGAAAAGGUAAUUUAAAAAGGAAAUGUCAGUGCAGUUUUUUUUUUUAAUAAUUAUUUUGGUGUUUUCACAAUACUUAAGAAGUUGGACUUUGUUGAUACUUCAUUUCGAAUGUUUAAUAAUAUGGUGUUAGUACCUUA